ACAAGGGAUUUUUGAAGUUUUGAACUCUUAUUCUCUUCAACACAAUCUCGUUCUGCAACAAAACCUAAAAAAAGAAACACUCUCAAACUCACUAACACUCUUCCAAUCAAUCAAUGUCCAAAUUGUUUCUAUGCGUGCCAAAUCUUGUUUUAGGGUUCAUAACAACAAACCCUAAUUUCGACCCUCUUUCUCAAAAACACUCUUCGUUCCCAAUUUCACUCAGAUUCAAAUGCUGCACCGCAACACCAACAACAACAAUAACAAUAACAGCAUCAGAAUCAAAAUCAAAAUCAAAAUCAGACAGGUACCCAUUCCCUGUAUCAUAUCUCAUCAACAAUUUCGAUUUCUCACCUGAAUCAGCUCUCAAAUAUUUCAACAACGGCCAUCUUGGUUUCAAUACCGUUGAAAAACCUAAUUCAGUUAUCAACUUCUUUCUUAACAAUGGAUUUUCACAUUCCGACAUACGCAUCAUCAUCAGAAAAUCACCAUCGUUACUUUCAUCAAGACCCCAUAAAAGGUUAUUGCCAAAGUUUGAAUUUUUUCUAUCCAAAGGUGUUUCUUCAUCUGAUUUUGUUCCAUUGUUAACUGCAAACCCUCAAAUUUUACGAAGUAGCUUGGAGAACCGAAUAAUCCCUCUUUUUGAAUUAUUAAGUAAGUUCUUGAAAACCAACAAGGAUAUCAUCGCUUGCUUAAUUAUAUGUUCGCAGUUAUCGGCUCAUCCCUGUGAACGUAUUGUGGCUAAUAUCAAUUUGUUGACUGAUUUUGGAGUUUGUAAUUCUGCCAUUGCAAGAUUGUUUAAAACAAGGCCAUCUAUAUUUGGUUCAACUGAUUUGAUUAAGUCUUUGGAAGAAGUUAAGGGUUUAGGGUUUGAUCCUUCAGUGAUUAAUUUUGGGAUAGCUUUGAUGGCCAAGAAAGGUAUGAGUGAAAAACUUUGGGAUGAGAAAGUUGAUACCUUCAAGAAAUGGGGUUGGUCUGAUGAAGUUGUUUCUCGUGCAUUUAGGUCACAUCCUGCUGUUAUGUUGGUUUCAAUUGAUAAGAUUAAUUUGGUGAUGAGUUUUUGGGUUAAUCAAUUGGGUUGGAAUUCCUUGGCAAUUACUAAAAAGCCACUUGUUUUAAGUUAUAGUUUGCAGAAAAGGAUCAUUCCAAGGGCCUUGGUUCUGCAAUAUCUUCUGAUGAAAGGUUUAAGAAACAAGGAUGCAAGCUUAGUUAUACCCUUUACUUAUACUGAGGAUUUGUUUCUGAACAAGUUUGUUUUCUCCUUUAAAGAGGAAUCUGAUUAUCUAUUAAAGCUAUAUGAGGAAAAAAUCAAACUUGCAAAUACAAAGGAGAAAAAGGGGGAACUUCGAUCUUAUAUGAUUUAGGGGAGUGUUACUUCAAUCUUAUAUGAUUUAAGGGAGUGUUACUUCAAUCUUAUAUGCUUAUUGGGCUCCUAUGAUAGGCAGGAAUCAAUCUGUUGAGAAAGAUAAGGCCACUAAUAUUCUAGUUUAUGGUUGACUCUCAAAUGGUGUACUUAUAAAAAAAUUGAAGGGAAAAUGGAGGAUAAAUAUUGACUACACCGGACACAACAAGGUGGUAUUUUAGAUAUUGCCUAAAAAGAAAUUACCACGCUUAUCAGGUGGUAUUAAAUGUCUCCAAACAACCGAAGCUAGUGUACAAUCCUGCAGGAAAUGUAAAUGAAGGAAUUGUUACUUGCAACCUAAUCAUCUUGACUGAAGGAAAUGUAACUGUGAAAUUUAGAGAACGGUGGAGAACAUUUUUUCAGGUCAAUAAUAUUGCAGUGGGAAUUAUGAAAAAUAAUGUUCUUAUUAUCAACCAUAUGUGAUUUCUUUCGUAAGAAAUUUAUGCAGUUUUUAGGUUUGUUCUAGUUGUAUAAUUUUUUUAUAUAUACAUUUACAAACUUAUUGUCAAUGAUUUCUCGACCUUUGCAAUUGAGAGAACGUUGAUAGUACAUUCCAUAAUAGGUCACAUGUUUAUCCAUUUAAGAAAAGAAUUCCUUUUGGUGUUCAUUUGCACCAAUUCCA